AUGGCAUGCGGCAAAGUCAGCAUGGAACUACCAAAACAAAUGAAGUCGUUAAAUGGUUCAAAGGCAUACAUCAUUACUGGACACAGUCUGAAGACCAAAACACCCGUUGUCUCGCAAAUUGAAACGAUUCUUGGGUCAUCUCAUGUCGGCACAUUGUCGUCUAUUGGACAGCACGCUCCUGUAAAGGGGAUUAUUAAUGGCAUGAAAGCGGUUGAGGAAAGUGGUGCAGAUAUUCUCAUCUCAAUCGGUGGUGGUUCACCAAUUGAUUCAGCUAAAGCCAUUAUAUACAGACUUAAUGAAAAGAAUCCAGAUGUAUGGCUUCCUCACAUUGCAAUACCAACCACGUUAAGCGCUGCAGAAUGCACCUCAAUAGCCGGUUACACGACAGAAGACGACCGUAAAACAGCUGUUCAAAAUCCCCAUCUCUCACCAAGUGCAAUUAUUUAUGACGCCGAACUAGGAAAAUACACGCCUCAAAAGCUGUGGCUCAGUUCAGGCCUGAGAGCACUCGAUCACGCCAUUGAAUCACUCUAUCAUCCGGAAGCAGUGGAUAUACCAACAAAAAGACUCGCACUCGAAGCAAUUCGAGAUUUAUUCAAUUAUUUACCAAAGUCUAAAGAAGCGCCUGAAGAUCUCAAAAUUAUUUCACAUCUUCAAACGGCCGCCUUUGCUUCACUCGGUACACUUGGACAAGUUUCUUCCGGAAUUGGAUUGAGUCAUUCGCUCGGCUAUGCUCUUGGUUCUUCAUAUGGAAUCCCACAUGGAAUCACCAGCUGUUUGACGUUAAGCUCAGUCAUUGAGCUGAAAUCAAAAAAUGAAGAAAGUGCCUCACAACUUGCUCGAGCAUUACCAUAUAUUGGUAUUGAGUCAUCUGGUAAUUCAAAGAAAGAUGCUCAGACAUUGGCAUUUGCAGUGGAUAAUCUUGUCAAGAACUUGGGUUUGAAAACCUCAUUAAAAGAAUACAAUGUUCCUCGUGACCAAGAUCAGAUCAUAGUAGAGCGAGCGCUUAGAAAAAGAGAUGAUCCUGCAUUCAAUCAUGUUCUAGAACUUGUUCAGAAACUUUGGUAG